GCGCGCAAGAUAGAAUCAAGAUGGUGGACGUCGUGUUUUUUCCUCUCUUCAAUGACGUUUAGUUUUAGUUGUUGUUUAUUGUGUUGUCACUUUUCGCGUAAUUGAUCGCGGUCGUAUCGCAAUUGAAUGUGUGGUUUAGUUGACGAUUAUCCGGCGAUAUCACAUGAAUAAAGUGCGCGUCGCACGAUGUGGCACGGCGGAGGACGUGAGUUUUGGUUACGUGCGCUUGUGACGUGCGCGAUCGGUGCUUGCUCGAUUAUUGGCGAUUUCGCGUUGAAGUACGGUAAGACCGAAUUGGAGCGCGCGCUAUUUGACAACAUGACGCACGCGACAGUGGGCGGCCUCACGUGGAUGCUGAUUGUUAUCCUGUCCCGGAAACCAGUCGCUCGUAAUCUGACCAGCGUAUUCUCUUGCUUUUUGCUGGCGUCUCUUAUCGACGUGGAUCACUUUAUCGCGGCGCGCAGUUGGCAUAUUCAUGAUGCCACGCAUUUGCAGAAACGGCCAUUUCUACACUGCACUACAAUUCCUAUUCUGCUGUGGAUACUUUUUAUUUCACUCUCGAGUAUUUUUCACUCUCCUGUGUUAGAGCAUACCUCCUGGUUGAUCCUUGCCGCCUUCCUAAGUCAUCAUAUCCGGGACGGUACCAGAAGAGGUUUGUGGUUUUGUCCUUUCGGCUCCACACGUCCCAUUCCCUACUAUUUAUACUUGAGUCUUUGUAUGUUCCUUCCUUAUGCGUUAUAUUGGCUCAUGAGCCUACACACAUUUGCGCGGAAGAGUGAUGACAGUAUCACUCUUAUCGAUGUAUGAAACUUUUGAUUUAUAACAUGUCUCACACAUAUAAAAAUGUCCAAACAACAAGUGAAUGAAAUUCACAUUAAAUUUACGAAUUUUUUGUUUUAAGUAUGUACAAAAACUAAUAAGUAAUUAGUACUUGUUGGUUAAGAGCGCUAACUUAUUAGAAACUUAAAAAAUUAAAAGCUCUCUGUGAAAAUAGAUAUAAAAUUUUAGGUUUGUUAAAAUUUAUAAUAAAUUAUAUAUUUACGAUAGAUCUUUCACAUACUUUGUCAAAUGUGAUAUUUAAUAUAUAUAAAAUGUUCAAAGGAGCCAUAUAUGUAUAUAAAAUUAGGUAUUACGGUUAACGGUUGCGAUAAAUAUUUUUUUAAAACACGGUUAUUGGAAAUUGUACAAGACUUUACACGCGUGUCCAAUAAAUUAUCUUUUUAUAAUACAUUUCAAACACAUACAAUGUUGUGCUGCGCAGAAUAUCGUGUGUAGCAAAAUUUUAUCAAUAUCAAAGAAUAUUUUUAUAUACACUAUAUCAAGAGAAUAUUUUUGGAUUGUUGUCAAGAAA